UCGUGGUGAUCGAAAAGAAGCCAAAAGUUUGAGCGUAGAGAAAUUGCGUCGGCCGUCGGACUGACUAAGCACGCAAAAUCUGCAGGUCCACUCCGUUCCACGAAGUGGAAUUUCUUUUCGUCAAAUACAGGGCGUGGAAAAGUUAUUGACUUCGAGCGCCAAAGUGUUCUGUAGAAUUUGUCACUUUGUUGGCAUUUCUUGAUCAAGAAUAAGACAGAGUUUGUUCCAGGCAUCCUCGACUAGGCAACCUGAUCGUACCAACUUCACCAUGUCCGCACCAGCUCCUGCUCCAGGAGAGACCAGCCUCACAGCACUCCUAUCAACGCUUCAAUUGUCCAUAGAUCCUCGGACAUUCGUUUUCCUAACACUUCCACCCUCUCAGUCUGCCCCUCCAUCGCUCUUCGUUCAGAUGAGUUUCCACGAAGCGGAAGGCUUGACAAUCAUCACAACUCAAGACUCAGCGGCAUCUCACAACCUCGAGUACACAUUUCCUAGCAAGAUGAUCACGCUAAAUAUUCAUUCGAGCCUGGAGGCUGUGGGAUUCAUGGCAGCUAUUAGUAGACAGCUCACAGCAUUCGGCAUCGGUGCAAAUCCUGUCUCAGGUUACUUUCAUGAUCAUUGUUUCGUUCCAUUGGGGAAAGAAGAUGAAGCUAUCCGAGUUCUAUCCGGUCUCGCAGAACAAGCAAAGAUGAAACAAACCCGACAAUCGUGAUCGACAGCAAGGGUCUCCAGGUUCACGUGCUGCGGGGCUUGGAUAGUCAACCCCACUUUCGAGGGGACGAUGACAGUGUUUGAGUGCCGGCACGGUCAGAAUCGGAUGUUCCAUCUUUAGCCAUUACGAAAUUCGACCAAACAGAGUCAGAGGGCCGCUUGAGACGAACAACCAUCCAUUUGUUACGUUACAUACUAUGCUACAAGAAGCAUG